UUUUUUUCUAAGGAAAAUGGAAAAAGGUAGCAGCCGGAAAAGGCCCACCAAAAACCAUGCUCUGCGCCGUUAGGGUCUUCACGCAGAAAUUCUCUCCUCCUCCCUUCGCCAUCAAAGCCGACUGUCGCUUUAGAAGUCUUCUCGGCCACAGCUCUAUAAUGAACUCUUCUUCUCGUUCUGCUCCUAGAGAAGAAGUUCGCACCAAUGGCACUGGUGAUGGGUGUAUCUCAUUGCAGGAGUGGCAAGGGUGGGGCAGCGGUUCGCCGGUUCCGGCAAUGGUUAACGAGUUGGUUGAGGAUUUAAAGCUUUUGAAGAAAAACAAUGAUGCCCAGAUGAAAUUUGGUGGUCUUGGUGGCAAAUUGAAGGGGGAUUUCAGAAUUCAGGAAGACAAGAAACACAGAGCAACAUAUCAGGCUUUGAGUGAUUCGGAAAAGAAAUUCCAAUUUUAUUCUGCUCGACAAAUAGCUUGUCGGUUGCUUGGAAGCAAAGGCUACCUAUGCCAAAAGUGUUGGCUACCUCUAGAAGAUUGCAUGUGCUCAAAACUAAAGCCCAGCCCUCUAUGGCAUGGCAUACGGUUUUGGUUGUAUAUGCAUCCAAAGGACUUUUUGCGGCAGAACAACACAGGGAAGUUGUUAUGGCAAGUAUUUGGUGUUCAAGCUGCAACUUUAUGCCUAUAUGGCAUUGCUGAAGAUGAGGAAAUCAUGUGGAACACAUUUAAGCUUGCAGGUUCUUUCAUCCUUAUUCUAAUGGUUGCAUAAUUUACAAAACAGUCAUCUACCAAGUUUUAAAGCUCAUUGAAGAGCAGGUGUAGGUACCUUUGGUCCAUUAGCAUGAGACCAAUUUAAGUUUUUUUAAUUACAUUUCGCCUCUUAUCCUUUAAUCAUAAUGAUAUAUUGAUAUUAGUAAACGCCCCUGAAUUUGCCUAUUUUAUAGCAUCUUUCCGGUAAUUAUGAAUGAGGAAUUAAUAUCAAAUGGUGUGUGAAAAGCUAUUUACACAGUGCAUGCUAUUGUUGCUUUUAAGCUGGAUUAAAUCACACUGUUUGUCCUUGAAUAUGAAUUUUCAUUGUUGUCCAUAAUUUUUUUUUUUUCCUCUAGAAGUAUAUCAAUUGAAGUCCUUUCUAUGAAGUUUGGUUUGUUGGCUAACAGCAUUGUUCAGCUUGGGCAUCGAACCACUUUUACAGAGUUCAUGGUGUCUAUUGAAAUGAUUACAAAGUCUUGCACUGAAGUAAAAGUUCAUGGGAUGUUUAACACUAUAAUUUGAUUGAUCUGGUUAUUAUCUCUUACUUAUGCAUCCCUUGCUUGCUCAGACUUCUCAAAUAUUAUUUUCUUUUGAUUCUGGAAAUAUAUUAAAAAGAUAUUGCCUACUAGAAGUAAUUGCAUCUAGAGCAAUUUCAGGACAAGACAGUGUUUGGUGCCUUUAUCCAAACCAGAAUACAGCACCAAAAUCAGUUCAGGAAACCAUUGGUUGUGAAUCUUCAGCUGAUUCAGAAUGUGCACAAAUGAAGGUACUAUGCUGUU